AUGGCGGCGUUGGCCAGUAGCCUGAUCCGACAGAAGCGGGAGGUCCGCGAGCCCGGGGGCAGCCGGCCGGUGUCGGCGCAGCGGCGCGUGUGUCCCCGCGGUACCAAGUCACUUUGCCAGAAGCAGCUCCUCAUCCUGCUGUCCAAGGUGCGAUUGUGCGGGGGGCGGCCCACACGACAGGACCGCGGCCCAGAGCCUCAGCUCAAAGGCAUCGUCACCAAACUGUUCUGCCGCCAGGGUUUCUACCUCCAGGCGAAUCCCGAUGGGAGCAUCCAGGGCACCCCAGAGGACACCAGCUCCUUCACCCACUUCAAUCUGAUUCCUGUGGGGCUCCGUGUGGUCACCAUCCAGAGUGCCAAGCUGGGUCACUACAUGGCCAUGAAUUCUGAGGGGCUGCUGUACAGCUCGCCGCAUUUCACAGCGGAGUGUCGCUUUAAGGAGUGCGUCUUUGAGAAUUACUAUGUCCUGUAUGCUUCUGCUCUCUAUCGUCAGCGUCGUUCUGGCAGGGCCUGGUACCUAGGCCUGGACAAGGAAGGCCGGGUCAUGAAGGGAAACCGAGUCAAGAAGACCAAGGCAGCUGCCCACUUUGUGCCCAAGCUCCUGGAGGGUGGGUAUGGGCUCAAGAAAAGUGGCCAUGUACCGGGAGCCUUCUCUCCACAGUGUCCCUGAGACCUCCCCUUCCAGUCCUCCUGCCCACUGAGAUGUAGUCCGUGGACUGGAGGCUCUCUGCACUUCCAGUGUGCCAGCCACCGCCACACCCCGUCUCCCAGCCCUGCUCCAGGCCUUGCUGCUCUAGCCCCUGUUGCCACACACACGCCCUGAGCAGCCAGGUCUCACCAGGUGCUGUACCCUGUGGGAGCUCAGUCACUGUCUGGGACCUCUGGAAUUGCUGAGCUCUUAGAUCCUGGGGCCCAGGAGAGGUUCCAAGAUGGGGGUGCCUGAAAUGAUCCUGGCUGAUCACUUCUCCUUUGUUUUUCCACACUAACUCCUGCCCCUUAAGAGAACCCCAGUUUUUCCUAAAAGGCACUGGGGUUCCAACGCUGACAAGGCAAGGGAAGUAAUACUCUUUGCCCUGACUGAGCCAGUCUCUGAAGCCAUGUCCUUCCCAUUGCCGCGAAGCCAUAGCUUUCUAGGUUGGUCCACUGGCACUCAGACUUCAUCUCCUCCUCUCUCUGCUCUGCCUUCUGUCUUGGUCUGGACAGGUUCUGAUAUAGCUGGACACCCCAGCCAGGUAGGGCCAUUCCUAUGUUCUGUGUUGGAACCCAUGUUUGGAUCCUUUAUUCUUCUAUCCUUGACCUAGAUGGGCACCUCCCACCCCUGGUUUUAAAAAAGAGGCUGAAUUUGAGCCUCCAAAUGUAGCUACUGGCCUUGGUCUGAAUUGGAACCAGUCUCGGGUCGACACAGGUUAAACCUUCUUAUCCCAGAGACACCCAAUUCUAGAGCAUGGUAUUCUAGACCUUUUUGGAGCCAUACUUCCUACUGAAUCUCAGCUCUAGGACAUAGAGCAUGACUCUCAGCCCUUUUUUCCAGGAUGGAACUAGAGCCUGUAUAGCCAUAUUAUUGUACUAGAAUAAGUUCUAAACCUACCCUUCCACUUUCUCUAGUGGUUAUUGAAUAAGAGUGAGCUAUGGAUAGGACUCAGCUAUGAUUAAUUAAGAACUAAUUGGUUCUGAGCUGUGCUUGGUGGCACAUGCCAGUCAUUUGGCACCUGGGAGGCUGAAUCAGAAGGAUUUUGAGUUGGAGGCCAUCCUGGGCUACAAUAGCAAAACCCUGUUUCAAAA